AUGGUGAACAUACCCAAAACCCACCACACUUUCUGUAAGAAGUGUGACAAGCAUCAACCCCACAAAGUAACACAGUACGAGACGGGCAAGGAUCCUCCGUACGCCCAGAGGAAGCAGUGUUGUGACAGGAAGCAGAGUGGCUGUGGUGGACAGACUGAGCCGAUUUUCCAAAAAAAGGCUAAAACUACAAAGAAAAUUGUGCUGAGGCUUGAGUGUGUUGAGCCCAACUGCAGAUCUAAGGGAAUGCUGGCUAUUAAGAGAUGCCAGCAUUCUGAACUGGGAGGAGAUACGAAGAUAAAGGGCCAGGUGAUCCUGUUCUAA